AUGGAUCAAGAAGCACAGAAAAGAAAAGAACGCCUUGCAGAACUUAGAAAGAGAAAGUUGGAAGCAUCAAGCCAAGACGAUAGAUCAGUCGAUAAUGCCGAAAAAGCCUUAAAGUUCAGAAGUUAUGUUCCACUUGACGAGAAAUUAAAAGAACAUGUUGAAAUUGCGACUCCUAAUGACAUUGGAGAGACUAUUGAAUCAGAAACUAAGCAUCUUACAAAAGAAACGUUGGCAGAACAUGCUGAAAAAGAAAAAGAAGAAGUGGAUCUGUUUAAUCUAGCGCCCAAGAAGCCAAACUGGGAUUUAAAACGUGAUGUAGAAAAGAAGUUGCAGAGAUUAGAAAGAAAGACACAAAAGGCAAUUUAUGAAAUUAUACGAAAGAGAUUAGAACAAGACAAGGAUUCUUUUGCUCAAGUGAUGACCAAUGUUUAA